AUGGCGUGGGUGAACAGCGAGGAGUGCACGGCGCGACCGAAAAACCUCGUCCGGGACGUGAACGCCGGCGGCGAAAGCAGAAUUCAGGUUGGAAACAACUACACUGAAGUCCACAACUACAACGAACCGAACCGCAAUCGAUGCCUUGCCGACCUACGAUUGACCGACCCCCGCGACGACAAGACGCGCAUCGAGCAGACAAAGGGUGGCCUUCUCAAGGACUCGUACAAGUGGGUUCUAGAUCACGAGGACUUUCGGCGAUGGCGAAACGACAGAGACAGCCGGUUGCUCUGGAUCAAAGGCGACGCCGGCAAGGGCAAGACGAUGUUGCUGUGCGGGAUCAUCGACGAACUAUCGCAGUCACGGGCGGAAAUAGUCAACGCGAACGAGGGUGGUCUGUUCGGUAACUUCGCGGUGAAGAUGUCGCGCCGAUUCAAGAAAUUGUCCCUUUCGCCAACACACUCACGUCCCGUAUCAUUUUUCUUCUGCCAAGGGACCGAUUCCCGACUCAACAGGGCGGUAGCCGUAUUGCGAGGACUGAUGUACGUUUUGCUCUGUCAACAACCAUCGCUCAUCUCGCACAUCCAAAGCGAAUACGACCAUGCAGGUCGACAACUCUUCGAAGAUACAAACGGGUUCUACACCUUGUCCCGGGCUCUGCUUAGCAUGCUUGGCGAUCGUCGCGCGGGGGGUUGCUACAUGAUCAUCGACGCCCUCGACGAAUGCGAGCAAGACCUACCACAACUCUUAGACUUUAUUGUCCAGAGCGCAUCUGCGUCUGCUUACGUCAAGUGGAUCGUCUCCAGCCGAAACAGACCCGAUAUUGAGCUGCUGCUGCAUCGCGCUGCUUCAAAAACGAGGCUAAGCCUGGAGCUGAACGAACACCAUGUCACCCAAGCCGUCAAUACGUACGUCGACCACAAAGUCUUGCACCUCGUAUCGCUGAAAGGGAACAAAUCACUGCAAGAUCAAGUUCGGAAUGAGAUGCGUCAGAAGGCCGAUGGAACCUUCCUCUGGGUUGCUCUCGUCGCGCAGGAACUUCAGAAGGUCCAGAGCUGGCACGUCUUAAGUGUCCUCAAGCAGAUGCCGUCGGGCCUAACGCCAUUCUACGAACGAAUGAUGCAUCACAUUCAGCAACUUCAGCCUGAGGAUAGCGAGUUCUGCCGCCUUGUUAUUUCGGCGGCAACUGCCGCUUACCGGCCUCUCCGCUUGUGUGAGCUGGGCGCGCUGUCUUGUUUGCCUCGAAAUGUCUCCGAUGACCUUGGAUCUGUGGUAGAUAUGUGUGCCUCGUUUCUUUCGAUCCGGGAUGACCAUGUCUAUCUCAUUCAUCAGUCCGUCAAGGAUUUCCUGACGAGCAAGGAGUCGAAUGCAAUUUUCCAGCAUGGAUUUGCAGCCGCACAUCAUACCAUGUUCUUGAGAUCGUUACAGAUUAUGUCUGAUAUGUUGCGACGCGAUUUGUACGACUUACACCACCCCGGCGCCUCUGUCGACGACGUCCGCCAGCCCGAACCGGACCCGCUAGCCCCGGUGCGGUACUCAUGCAUCUACUGGGUUGACCACCUAAGCGAUGCAAUCUGGCAUAGGACGUCGAUGCCCAUCGACGACCUCCAGGACGACGGCAUAGUCCAUCAAUUUCUCAGCAAGAAGUACCUCUACUGGCUCGAGGCGCUAAGUCUUCUCCGAGACAUACCGGGAGGCGUGGUUGCGAUGACGAAGCUCGAGACAUUGCUAGAACGGUCCGAUGGGUCCUGCUUAUUCGACCUCGUCCGAGAUGCACGCCGAUUUAUCCUGUCGCACGGAUGGGCGAUAGGGAACGCGCCUCUUCAGACAUAUGCGUCGGCGCUUAUCUUUAGUCCUAGGCGGAGCAUGACGAGGAAACUGUUCGAAAGGGAAGAGCCGGAUUGGAUUAUAACUAAACCGGCUAUGGCAGAGGAUUGGGAUGCAUGCCAGGCGACGCUCGAGGGCCAUGGCGGGCCGGUUCGGUCGGUGGCCUUCUCGCCCGACGGCCAGCGCCUCGCAUCGGCGUCACACGACACGACCGUCAAGAUCUGGGAUGCCACGACGGGCCACUGCCAGGCGACGCUCAAGGGCCAUGGUGGUUCGGUUCAGUCGGUGGCCUUCUCGCCCGACGGCCAGCGCCUCGCAUCGGCGUCAGACGACAAGACCGUCAAGAUCUGGGAUGCCACGACGGGCCACUGCCAGGCGACGCUCAAGGGCCAUGGCGGUUCGGUUCGGUCGGUGGCCUUCUCGCCCGACGGCCAGCGCCUCGCAUCGGCGUCAUACGACAACAGCGUCAAGAUCUGGGAUGCCACGACGGGCCACUGCCAGGCGACGCUCGAGGGCCAUGGCGGGUCGGUUUGGUCGGUGGCCUUCUCGCCCGACGGCCAGCGCCUCGCAUCAGCGUCACGCGACAAGACCGUCAAGAUCUGGGAUGUCACGACGGGCCACUGCCAGGCGACGCUCACAGGCCAUGACGGUGCGGUUUGGUCGGUGGCCUUCUCGCCCGACGGCCAGCGCCUCGCAUCAGCGUCAUACGACAAGACCGUCAAGAUCUGGGAUGCCACGACGGGCCACUGCCAGGCGACGCUCGGUGGCCAUCGCGGUUCGGUUCAGUCGGUGGCCUUCUCGCCCGACGGCCAGCAUCUCGCAUCGGCGUCAUACGACAAGACCGUCAAGAUCUGGGAUGCCACGACGGGCCACUGCCAGGCGACGCUCAGGGGCCAUCGCAGUUGGGUUCAGUCGGUGGCCUUCUCGCCCGACGGCCAGCGCCUCGCAUCGGCGUCAUACGACAACAGCGUCAAGAUCUGGGAUGCCACGACGGGCCACUGCCAGGCGACGCUCAAGGGCCAUGGCAGUGCGGUUUCGUCGGUGGCCUUCUCGCCCGACGGCCAGCGCCUCGCAUCGGCGUCAGACGACAAGACCGUCAAGAUCUGGGAUGCCACGACGGGCCACUGCCAGGCGACGCUCAAGGGCCAUGGCGGGUCGGUUUGGUCGGUGGCCUUCUCGCCCGACGGCCAGCGCCUCGCAUCGGCGUCAUACGACGAGACCGUCAAGAUCUGGGAUGCCACGACGGGCCACUGCCAGGCGACACUCGAGGGCCAUGGCAGUGCGGUUUGGUCGGUGGCCUUCUCGCCCGACGGCCAGCGCCUCGCAUCAGCGUCACGCGACAAGACCGUCAAGAUCUGGGAUGCCACGACGGGCCACUGCCAGGCGACGCUCGAGGGCCAUGGCGAUUGGGUUCAGUCGGUGGCCUUCUCGUCCGACGGCCAGCGCCUCGCAUCAGCGUCAUGGGACAAGACCGUCAAGAUCUGGGAUGCCACGACGGGCCACUGCCAGGCGACGCUCGAUGUAGGUAGGCCUCUCGAUACUAUCCGUUUCGACGAGACCGGCGCUCGUCUUCUUACGAAUGUUGGCACUUUCGACCUGAGCGUGCCCUCGCCCUCACCACCCGCUGUGCUACCUGCAUCCGGUCCUCUGCGUCACUCCAAUCAAAAUCAAGGCUAUGGCAUCAGUGCAGAUGGCGUAUGGAUCACGUAUCAAGGUCGGAACCUGCUGUGGCUCCCGUCAGAGUAUCGUCCCGGGACGUCAGCAAUCACAGCAUCGACUGUCGUUCUCGGUUGCAAUUCGGGACGGGUCUUACUAUUCCGGUUCACGGGGAACGCACCUCGUUAG